ACACUGGCUGGUGAUCAGUAUGACAAAGUCAUUGUCCCACUCAACGAUGGCGCCACCACCAAAACUACUCUCACUGAUUUACUGCCUGGCACAGAGUAUGGCAUAGGAAUUUCCGCAGUUCUAGGUGCCAACCAAAGCACCCCAGCUACGAUGAAUGCCAGAACGGGUCUGGAUGUCCCCUUGGAUUUGGCUGUCACAGCCUCCACAGAUAACACCAUCACCCUGUCGUGGGGCACAGUGCAGGGGUCUAUUGAUCACUAUAGGGUGACCUACACUUCCUCCACUGGAGCCACAACUGAGCUGACGGUGCCCAAGGAUGUCACCACCACCACACUGACAGGUCUAGAGCCAGGCACUGAGUACACCAUUACAGUUGCAGCACAGAGAGGCAGGCAGAAGAGCACUGCAGCCACUAUUGAUGCCUUUACAG